CUUCUCCAAGCAGUCAUGCAGAACACAAAUUGAAAACUGUAAGGUGCCACCAUGGGUUCUUCUUCAGUUCUUCUUAUACACAAUUUAGGCACCUGUGUCAAAAAUUGAAGAUCAUGGUGAUGAUAGCGCAUGGAGAUACACCAGUCACCUGAACUCGGCGACGAGGGACAUCAGCAGGUCAAUUUUGUGCGAGCAGAUCUCACGGCCGCACGCACGGAGGCCGCGGCAUGGAGCCAGCGUCGGUGACCUCUGGGCCCGCGCCCAGGAUACGCGAGGUGUUCCAGUUUCGACGCCAACUCCGGCGAGCUCGAGCGGCGAGCUGCGGGGGCGGGGUCCUGGAUCCGACUCUUCCAGAAGGAAGAGCAAGAGCAGAACAGACCACCGAAAGAACAAUCCCAGCAAUGGCAGCAAGGUGUGCCCUUCCUUCACCAUCCUGCUUGGUUCACCAACCACUCUGCGGCAACAAGCUCGCCAAGAAACUCACUCCAUGCCUGUCGUCGCCAAGAGCCGUGAGGGUUAGAGUGAAUGCUGCAAAGCUUCCUCCAGGGGUUGAGGUGCCGAGGUUGCAGCCGAAGCUGAGCGAGCCCUUCUUGGGGUUCACCCAGACUGCCGAGAUCUGGAACUCCAGGGCCUGCAUGAUGGGCCUCAUCGGCACCUUCAUCGUGGAACUGGUGCUAAACAAGGGGAUUCUUCAGAUAAUUGGGGUGGAGGUGGGGAAGGGCCUCGACCUUCCUCUUUAAUUGCCAUUUCCAAAGCUGAUUGCAAGCUUUACUCUCUUUUUUUCUUUUUGAAACCUAGCUAUUAUAUUGCUCUGAAGAUAUUAAUGCAAUUCUGUUGGAUAAUCA